AUGGCCGAGGACUUGGUGUCGUCCUUGCCUGUUGCACCAUAUAAUUCAUUCUAUUUGAACAACUAUUCUUCAAACCUUACCCAAGACCGGAUACUGCCUUACAAGGUCGGAACAGACGUAUGGCAGGUAUUCUGUCGGCUUGCAGACCCCAAACAGCCCGUGUCCCUCAUUAGACAACACUACCUAGACAGAACGGGUCCUUCCUACACGUGCACGAUCGCAGAUCCUCCGAUAUCUCAAUUAACUAAAAAAUCCGCGGCACGUUGCAUGUGCUACGAGAACGUCAUCCACUUUGUGAGACAGGUGUGUUGUAAAAGUGCCACCAAUUCGUUUGCACCGAAGGACAAGAAACAAUUACCGGCCAGUUGGAUGAAAUCGACAAUGAAGCAUUUCCGACAGAAUGAACGUCUUCAGUUCCCACUGGCUUCCGUCGUCGUAAGAUGGCAACAGAAACGUUAUCAGAUCGAUUUCAAUCACGAACUGCUCCGUGCCAUAUUUUCGAAAUUUGGAACGAUCAGAGAGAUACGGAAACUCAGUCUGAACAGUGUUUUGGUGAUUUUUGAGGACCUGAAAGCAGCUUGUGACGUAGUCUAUUCCAAUUACAUCGGAAUGUCUGGGUGUAAAUUACACUGUAGGUGGUGGCAUAAAUCUAUGGAAAAUAAAAUGGCGGUGAGACACAGGAGAGGGGCCAAAGGUCAACUACUGCCAUUUUUAUAA